AGAAUCCCUAUCCUUCUCCGCCCCGAUCCAAGCACUCGUCGCAAUCUGCCUCUCCCUCACCCGACGACCAAAUGGACGCUUCCGACAGUCAACCACAACCUCAAGGGUUCUGGAAAGGAUCUUUUCGACGCGUCGCACGUUUACAAAGAUGCUUCUUCUACCGCUUCUUUCCACCAAAUGGUCCGAGAAAUGUCCCACAUGACCAAAUCCGCCCAGCCCACACCCUUCCACCAGAUGUUAGCCACUCUUGCACAGCAGGAUCGCCUCUUGCGUCUCUACUCACAAAACGUCGAUGGAAUCGACACGUCCUUAGAGCCAUUAGCGACGCGUAUACCUCUGNAAAAAGAAGAAGGUAAAUGGCCAAAAACCAUUCAAUUACAUGGUGGACUCGACAAAAUGGUUUGCUCAAAGUGUCACGAGCUUUCUGAUUUCCAAGCAGAUAUCUUUGAAGGUGCUAUGCCUCCUGCCUGCACCAAUUGUGAGGAGCUUAACAGGGUUCGCACCGAGGUUGCAGGAAAACGCAGCCACGGUAUUGGUAUGCUUCGCCCCCGCAUGGUUUUGUACAACGAACACAACCCAGACGAUGAGGCUAUUGGCGCUGUAACGCGUGAGGAUCUUCGCAAGCGUCCGGAUGCUAUCAUUGUGGUUGGAACAACUCUCAAGGUUCCUGGUGUCAAGAGAAUUGUACGUGAAAUGUGCGCAACUGUACGCGACAGAAGAGACGGUGUAGCCAUCUGGAUCAACGCAGGCCCUGAACCGUCUGGCAAGGAAUUUGAGGAUUGCUGGGACAUCGUGGUCAAGGGCACUUGUGACGAGGUUGCUAGACACGCUGCUCUAAGGCAAUGGAACGAGCCAGAUGUCGGUGUUCCUGUUUCUGAAGAAAGUCUGGAGAGAGCUCGUCAAAACCAGCCUACGGUCUCGAUAGUACGGACGUUCAAAGCCCCGCCUAAAGAUUUCACGCCAAUGCCUUCUCCACAAGCACCAACGAGUACGCCUCUUACUGGUCGCCGUCAUGGUAACACUGUCGACAACUCUUUCAGCGAGGAAGAAGAUUUGGUGGAUAUCGAAACGCCUUCAAAACGCGCUGAGAAGAAGCCUACACCGUUCGCUAUGCUCGGCAAGACCGCGCCUAAUCCUAAAAGAAAGGCUCCAUCAAAGGCUUCGGGCACAAAAGCAAAAGCGACUACGAAGAAAAACGCGUCAAAGAACGAUCCGCCAAAACCGCAAAUCAGGAUCGACCAGACGCUCAAGCAGACCAAGACCGCGGCUGCUGCAAUCAAGGUGGAGAAGAAUGCCAAANAUGGUGCCGCCUUCGACGAUAUUGCGGCAAAGAACGUGCGACUCAAUCCGCCACGAUCGAAAUUCACAGACAGACCUGUCAAGGCU